GGAGCCUCCAAGAUGCCGUUCCACCCGGUAACGGCGGCGUUGAUGUACCGGGGCAUCUACACCGUGCCCAACCUGCUGUCGGAGCAGCGCCCCGUGGACAUCCCUGAGGACGAGCUGGAGGAGAUCCGAGAGGCCUUCAAAGUCUUUGACCGUGAUGGCAACGGCUUCAUCUCCAAGCAGGAGCUGGGCACAGCCAUGCGCUCCCUGGGCUACAUGCCCAACGAGGUGGAGCUGGAGGUUAUCAUCCAGCGGCUGGACAUGGAUGGUGAUGGCCAAGUGGACUUUGAGGAGUUUGUGACCCUCCUGGGACCCAAGCUCUCCACCUCGGGGAUCCCAGAGAAGUUCCAUGGCACUGACUUUGACACUGUCUUCUGGAAGUGCGACAUGCAGAAGCUGACCGUGGACGAGCUGAAGCGGCUGCUCUACGACACCUUCUGUGAGCACCUGUCCAUGAAGGACAUUGAGAACAUCAUCAUGACGGAGGAGGAGAGCCACCUGGGCACGGCGGAGGAGUCCCCCGUGGACGUGGAGACCUGCUCCAACCAGCAGAUCCGCCAGACGUGCGUGCGCAAGAGCCUGAUCUGCGCCUUCGCCAUCGCCUUCAUCAUCAGCGUUAUGCUCAUCGCGGCCAACCAGGUGCUGCGCAGCGGCAUGAAAUAGGCGCCACCUGGGCGCCCCGUCUGGCCCGCGCGGUGCAUGGGGCACACUCCACACCCACCACCGCCUGCAGUCCUCUCCCUCAGUGUGUACUUCAGGGCCUGAAUGUCCAGCAGCCCCACCCCACCCGCCUCACAGGCCUUGCAUGGAGCUGUGGCCUGGCUGUGGGGGGCCUGGUGGUGACUCUGAGGACGGCCCGGCCCCGCCUGCACCCUGCCCGCGCCCCACCCUGGUCUGUAUGUAGCACUAACGCUUCCCACUGUCCAGGGGCUCUGGGAAAUCAAGGAGGAAUUUGUACAGGGCCCAGUAGCUGCUGGGGUCUGUUAGGCAGGAGAGGGUACCAUGUGCCCAGGACCACACAGCCAACCCAUCCCUGUUCCUGGGGCCAUGGGGGGAAGUGCGGGGGGCAGAAGCCUCCUUCUGGAGGGGGACAUGAUGAGGCUGAAGUCUCCUGGCCCUACUCCCUGGCAUGGCCUGAGGAAGCCCCUGGCUUUCUGCUGAGUCCCUUCCUCUGACCCUCCUUAGACUCGAACCCAGCUGUCCUCCACACACCUGCCGGGGCUAGAGAAUCAGCCCAUUUCAGAGAUGAGGAGCCUGAGGCUCAGCGGGCUCCCAGAUUUGGCCUCAGUUCCCCCAUCAGUGGGGAUUUUUAGGAAGGGCAGAAGCUCAUAGAACAUGGAGCAUCUGAGGUGUCCCAGCAGCCACCCUACCCUUUGGGCCCCUGACCAGAGGCCCAGUGACCUGAGGGCCACAUUACCCACAGCCACCCCAGCACAGAAUCUGGAACUGGAGUGCAGGUGCAGUUGAGGCAGGAAGCAGAGCUGGGGCCUGGAGGCUGCAAAUCUGAGUAGCCUGUGUGGUCCCCCUACCAAUCAGGGGGCUCCUCCAUGGCAGAAGCCAUCCCUGGUGUUGGUGCCAAGAAGCUCAGACGGACCAUUCUCCCAUGCCUGGGGCCUAUCCUCCUGGGUCCCCGACUGCGCCACCCCACCCAGACCAGAGACCCAGCUCCCAGCCAUGCCCCAGUCAUGCCAUCUCACGCUCGGGCACCAGCUCCACAUGGGCAGGCAUAGGGGCCGGAUGGCAGACGGAGUCCUGGCUUCCCUCCCCGGAUCCAGAGCUACUUCUUACCUGGGCGAGUCACAGCCACACUGGCCGCCCUCUGCCUGGCUGAGCUGAGUCUCUGCUGGCCCC